AUGAGCGACGCGAGGAACGAUAAAGACACGGAAGCCACGGCUCAGGGGGACACGAGCGAUUAUGUGCUUCACCUCCCACGUCCGCUCAAUCUCGAAGAAAAGAAGUACCUAUUGGCCGUAGAGAGAGGUGAUUUGCCGAACGUGAAGAGGUUUCUGCAGCUUGCAAACAAGGGCAAGGGAAAACAGCUGGACACGAAUUGCGUAGAUAGUCUGGGUCGCAGUGCCCUUACGCUGGCUAUAGAGGCGGAAAACUUAGAAAUGGUCGAGCUGCUCGUCGUUAUGGGAGUCGAAACUAAGGAUGCCUUGCUCCAUGCCAUCGAUCAAGAAUUCGUAGAGGCGGUAGAGUUGCUGCUGGAACACGAGGAACUUCUUACGAGCCAAAUGACCGAGGAUUCCGAAAAGCAGAUUAUACACAGCUGGCAGAAGGUUGAUCCGGCAUCAGCUAGAUAUUCGAUGGACAUGACACCCUUGGUGCUCGCGGCGCAGCGUAAUAAUUACGAAAUCCUGAAGCUUCUACUGGAUAGAGGAGCUACCUUGCCGAUGCCGCACGACGUGAGGUGUGGCUGUGACAAUUGUCUUCAGGCAACCAUCGGUGAUCCAUUAAGACUGUCGUCCACUAGAAUCUCCGAAUAUAAAGCUUUGGCGAGUCCAAGUUUAAUAGCCCUGAGCUCGACGGACCCUUUGAUGACGGCUUUCCAAUUAAGCUGGGAACUUCGGCAACUGGCUGUAUCGGAACCGGAAAGUAGAGCCGAGUACUUGAAACUACGGCGACAAGUAGAAAAAUUCGCUGUCGAUUUGUUGCAACACGUUCGAACUACCACGGAAUUAGACACUAUCCUAAAUUACGAUCCCGAAGAAGAGAAUGCCGAACUUAGCAAACAAUUAGCUCGACUGGAGCAAGCUAUAGAAUAUAAGCAAAAGAGAUUCGUCUCACAUUCUCACGUUCAGCAGCUCUUGGCAGCAAUCUGGUACGAAGGGGUCCCCGGAUUUCGAAGAAUGUCAACUAUGCAGAGAGUCGGCAUUCUUGCAAAGACCGCGGUUCUAUUUCCAUUCUAUUGUAUCAUGUACUAUCUGAUGCCGGAGUCAAAAACAGGGCGACUUAUGCGAAGACCCUUCAUGAAAUUCUUGGUUCAUGCGUCAUCCUAUUUAUUUUUCUUAUUUGUACUCAUGCUGGUAUCACAGCGUGCUGAAGUGGAGAUCGUUAGGCUCCUGGGUACUCAGGAAAUGAAGAGAAACCUCGCGGCUUAUUUGGCUCGACAGAGAGGCGCGGUACCUACCCCUCUGGAGGGUAUCGUCGUGCUAUACGUCCUUGGAUUUAUAUGGGAAGAAAUGAGAGAGGCUUACGUGGACGGUCUGAGAAGUUACUUACGGGAUAUGUGGAACUUUAUCGACUUCACUAGAAACACGCUCUAUUUCGCGACCGGGGUUCUCAGGCUGGCGGCUUACCUUCAGCAGCGCGCCGAGAUACGGACAGAUCCAUUAGCCGCGUUAAUACCAAGGGAGAAUUGGGGCGACUUCGAUCCGCAGCUGAUUGCGGAAGGUCUCUUUGCGGCCGCGAAUGUCUUCAGUGCUUUAAAGCUUGUUCAUCUUUUCAGCAUCAAUCCGCAUUUGGGACCGCUUCAGAUAUCGUUGGGCAGAAUGGUAAUCGACAUUGUGAAAUUCUUUUUCAUUUACACCUUAGUGUUAUUCGCCUUCGCCUGCGGCUUAAACCAGUUGUUGUGGUAUUUUGCGGAAUUGGAGAGGCAGAAAUGUUACAGCGGAAUGUCGGAUCCCCCUUGGGACGCCGGUAGUGACGCCUGCUUAAGAUGGAGAAGAUUCAGCAAUCUGUUCGAAUCGUGUCAGAGUCUUUUCUGGGCCAGUUUCGGUAUGAUCGGCAUCGAAAGCUUCGAACUCACUGGAAUCAAGUCGUACACUCGAUUCUGGGGCUUGUUGAUGUUCGGCUCGUAUUCCGUGAUCAACGUGAUUGUCCUGCUAAAUCUACUGAUAGCCAUGAUGAGCAACAGCUACGCCGUUAUUGAGGAACAUUCCGACACGGAGUGGAAAUUUGCGAGAACGAAGUUAUGGAUGAGUUACUUCGAGGACACCGGGACCCUUCCGCCGCCCUUCAACAUCUUCCCGCCGCCGAAAUUGCUUUUCCGAUUGUUCGGCCUACAGAAGAAGCGUAUCGGCAGACACUCGAGUCAACGUCGACGUGCACGCGAACAUAAAUACGGAGCGGUCAUGAGAGCUUUGAUAUGGCGCUACGUUGUGAACGCGCAUAGUGAGCAUGAGAUGGAACCUGUCACCGAAGACGAUGUCCACGAGCUUAAAUCCGACUUGUCGUCCUGGAGAUGUGAACUCCUGGACAUCCUGCAUAGAAACGGCAUGGACAUCGGCGGCGUCGAUAAGAAGGAAAAGACUAUACUGGGCAAGAAAAUGAAGGUUUGGGAGAGAAGACUCAUGAAAGACUUCCAAGUAGCAGGUCCUGUAAAUUCAGCUGACAUCGAUCUUCAGGAAGAGAUAACUCUUCAACAACCCGAAAACGAGAGUAACGUUGAGAGAUGGAAGAGAAUCGCCAGAUUAGCUGUUUUGACUUCGGCCGAACAUCGUUGGAGUCAAGUCGUGAAAAAUGCAGUUAAGAGCUCUCAAAUCGGCAAAAGCUGCAGCAAGACGUCGCUGCAGAAUCAGCAGAGUCUGAAGCGAGCCAUGGAGGAAGCGAAACGUCUGACGCAAAAAAGCCCACUGCCGACAGAUGUGCCGGUUGAAUUGCCAGGAACUACCGCGGCGACGAUACUGCACGUGCUACACGACAUCGUUGAGGGUGAUGGCGAUGCUAAGACAUCAGGACUCAAAAAAGAAAAGACUCCGGAGCCAGUUAGAAACGGCGUUGGUUCCCAGCCGUUUGAACCAAUUCUUCAGGCCAAAUCCUCUGUCGAUUUUGUUGACGAAAAAACGACGAAGGCCACUGCGCCAUUGUUACCGCUUCGUUCAUCACCACCGCGAGUAAUCAAGAGGAAAGCGCCUACUCAUCUUGGACAAUCAGCUUCUGCUCAAUCAACUUCUAUUCAAUCCUCGACUACUACUUCGAGCGCUACUUCGUUUGUCCCUACGACGUCCGUGACUGUUGCCGGAAUUACCGCAACCAGUACAACACGCACGACUGCCGUAACUACUGCUGCAACAACUACGUCUGUCAUGAAGACUGCUAUGAAAACUGCUACUACUUCUGCCAAGCCCAUCAUUACUACUACUAAUACUACUGCUAUUAAUACUAUUGCUAUCGCUACUACUACUACUACUACUACUACUACUACUACCAAAUCUGUUGCCACUUCUACUACUGCAAAAUCCACCGCUACUACUACCGUUUCUAUCGCUACGAAAACUUCUUCUAGUUCUCCCAUGGAAAGUCAUAGCAAAUCCGUUACCGUAUCCAUGAGUGCACUUUCAACUAGCGUCAAAGACGGAAGCAGUUCGAUCAGAGCACGGCCAAAAGCUUCACAUAGUCCCAAACUUCCGAUUAUUCCUUCGUUAACGGUUACCUCAAGUUCGGACGGCAAAGGUGAUGACCGAGAAAAACUCGUAGAUGUUACAUCGCGUAGUAGACCAUCGAGAGGAGGAUGGCUUUAAAUCCUGUCUACGUGCCCUAUAUGGAAAAUUCCAGUUAUAUGUGUAAAACACAAUUUUUUUUUUUUAAUUUAGCUAUUAUAUUACCUGCUAUUUUGGAAAUAAAUGAAAAAAUAAAA